GUGAGUGAGACGCGAUGAUGGAGCAGAGCUGGAGCUCUUUCUUAUUCCAGCAGGCUAAUGAAGCCCUUCACCACCAGCACCAGGUGGCCCCAAACAGCCUGCUGCCGCUGCUGAACUCUGAGCCGCAGGACCAGAAGCCUGUGAUGCCCAUUCCCCUGGACCACAAGCCCCCCGUCAGUGCCGCAGACCUUCUCAAAGACAACGUCGUCAGUGGGACUGGUGGUGGUGGCAAUGCUGGUCCAAUGGUUGUAGUCAAAAAAGAGCACAAAAGCAAAACGCCUUUCAUCUGCGGCUACUGCAACAAGGCCUUCCGCGACAGCUACCACCUCCGCAGACAUGAGUCCUGCCACACCGGCAAAAUGGUAUCCAGACCCAAAAAAACGGCACAGGCGGCACCCACAAUGGUCCCGCUCAUUUCCAGCAUGCCUCGUGAAAGCACCGGCGACCCUUCGUAUAUUUCAACCGUCGCUGGCAUCCUUUCCACAGCCACUACUUCAACUUCCUCUGCUUCUACUGUCAUGUCACCAACGUCCAUGUCUAACGUGACCCAGCACAGCGCCCCCAAAAAACCACCCAAACCCGUCAAGAAGAACCACGGCUGUGAAAUGUGCGGCAAGGCCUUCCGGGACGUUUAUCAUCUGAACCGGCACAAGCUGUCGCACUCAGACGAAAAGCCCUUCGAGUGUCCGAUCUGCCAGCAGCGCUUCAAGAGGAAAGACCGCAUGACGUAUCACGUGCGCUCGCAUGACGGAGGUGUCCACAAACCAUACGUCUGUUCGGUCUGCGGAAAGGGAUUCUCCAGGCCCGACCAUCUCAGCUGCCACGUGAAGCAUGUUCAUUCCUCAGAGAGACCUUUCAAAUGUCAAGUAACGGCCUGUACAUCAGCCUUUGCCACCAAAGACAGACUUCGGUCACAUAUGAUUCGGCACGAGGGUAAAGUCACUUGCAACGUGUGCGGAAAGAUGCUGAGCGCCGCCUACAUCACCAGCCACUUAAAAACACACGGCCAGAGCAACUUCAACAACGCCUGUAACAAAGGUUAUGCCCUUUCAGUCCAUGGAGCAAGGCAUUCUGGAGAUUGGCAGUGGAACCACUCAGGGCUCCGAAAAGACAACACUGAAGUUUGCAACUCUGCCUCCAGUACGCCGGUCACGCCUGCUGCCCCCAUCACCUCUACAAUGAACCGUGGAAACACCAGCAACCCUGUAACCAUCGCAGCCCAGAUGAACAUUUCCACCAACACCGUCAACAUCACAUCACCAGUCAGCCUGCAGCACCAAGUUACCAUCACCGGCCCUGUAAACAUCGCCUCCGUCAACAUCCCAGCCUCAGCGCCCAUGAACAUCGCCCAUCCGGUGGCCAUCACUACGCCAAUGCCUAUGAACAUCGCCACCCCGCUGAACAUCGCCAUGAGACCUAUGGACAGCAUGCCAUUUCUGUCUCAAGUUCUGCCGUCUUCUCCGUGGUAGACCCGGAGCCCUGACCAGCCUUUUUGCCCUGACCUUUGUGCAAAUGGCGCCUGUGUGGUGCUAACAAAACCUCUCGGCUACAUUUCAACACUAGUGGAAGAUUUGCACGGGUCGAUCAAACUCUCUCUGGCCUUCAAAAACGUUUGCAUUUUGCGCACCACGCAAGCAGCUCUGUAGCUGGGCGUUUCGCAAGCUCCUCUGAGCACUUCAAAUCCAGAUGAUGGACGUUUUUAAAGACAAAUGCAAUAAUUGAUGUGCAUUUAAAACUUUUUUUUUCUUUCUUUUUAAAUGAGCAGAGUGCCAGCGGGAUCUUCAAUCAAUUUGAAGUUCAACCUGCUAAUCAGUAUUUUAAGGAAUCUCGUUUGAAAUGGACUGUUGCUUCCAUUGAGAGGGAGGAUUUUGUUGUUAUUUUACAUUUGUGCAGGGGUGUGAGUGCAUGCGUGUAUACGUGUGGCUACUUUUAAAGAGGUACUUUUUUUUUUUCUUCAUUAAUAGUGUUCGUCACGACACCGUUUACUACUAUUUAGUUUUUCCAAGGGGAGGGCAGCUUUGCUCUCUUAUUGUUUACGUUGCCAUUGUUAGCUGUUGCAUGUUUUCUUUUGCAUACAAAAGAAAAUGUUUGGAAGAAAGAAGGUGAGUCUUGCACUGAACACAUAUCCCUUGUUUAAAGACACAGUAUUAUCUAAAUAUGACCUUUGUGGUAAUAUGGCUCUGUCCCAAAUGGUGCACUUAAUCCUGUGAUCUUGUGGCCUCCAUGAAGACCGCAGACUGUCCUGUUUGUCUUUUUAUUGUUGACAAAGGUGCUCAAGAGCAGCCCCUUUGCUGCAGACCUCAUAGCCGACUACUGUCCAACAAUCUGUGGAGUGUUACUUUACCAAAGGCCCAAUCUCAGAUGGCACACUUCAUGUGCUCUUGCAGUCUUGUGAACCUACAUUGGCUGCAGUGUGUGUGUGUGUGUAAUCAAACCAUUCUGGAGGGUGCUUUCAAGACCCCCUUCUGGUGCAGACUUCAUAGUCAAUACUAAUGAACAGUUCAUGAAAAAAUCCAAUCCCAAAUGGCACAUUUCGUGCGCAUUACAGUGCUCACCAAAUCCUGGAGGGCCACUGAUUUGGUUUUAAAUCUAGUUAGAAACACCCGAGUCAAGAAAACAAAUGCUGCAUCCAAAAUCGCAUACUUCCAUACUAUAUAGUAUGCUAAAAACAGUAUGCAAACUGAGUAGUAUGUCCGAACUAUAGAAUUCGGAAAACAGUUGGCGAGAAUUUCCCGGAUGACCUACUACUACUGGGGAGAUUCUACAGUCCACAUCCAAUGGACGUUACGCUAUCCCGUGAUGCCACGUGAGAGAAUUCUUGAAUGGGAGUGAAGCGGUGCAACUGACGCGGUUAUGUGAUGCAGAUGUAAUGCUCCAUUCAUAAUACUUGCCUUCAUACUAUAUAGAUCAGGGGUGCCCAAACACGGUCUUGGAGGUCUGGUGUCCUACAGAGUUUAGCUCCAACUUGCCUCAACACACCUGCCUGUAGGUUUAUAGUAUGCCUACAUAGAGCUUGAUUAGAUGGUUCAGGUGUGUUUAAUUGGGGUUGAAGCUAAAAUCUGCAGGUCACUGGACCUCCAGGACCGAGUUUGAGAACCCCUGGUAAGAACAACUUUCUAACAGUCGUAAAGUAAAUUCAAAUUCAACUGUAGUACCUACUGAGUAGUAGGCGAAUUCGGACACAGCCAAGGUCUUAAGAUCUAAAAAAUAUCUAGGCAGGUAUAUUGUGAAAAGUUCAAGCUAAACUCUUGGAGAGGGGCUUUUCAGAACUAAGUUUGGACUGAUCUAGAGUGUCCCAUUAUGCAUUUUUUAUACUUUCCGAACCUUUCAAGUAAAGUGCUCCCUUUGGUGCACACUUAAAAGCAGACUACCCCUCAACAUUCUGUUGAGAAUUAUUCAACCAAAGGUCCAAUCCCAAAUGGCAAACUUUUUGUGCACUCCCAUUCUUGCGGACUUACAGUGGUCGGCAUGUGGAGGUGUUUAAAUUCUGCAUGAAAUCAAAAUUUACAAUGUUUAUUUUGCUAGCACACAUUGUUUUUGUUUAGGUGAACAAUUAAUUCAUGAAAGUUAAUGCACUGAAAAAAGUUUGUUUUGGUAAACUUUAAUCAAAGUCUGACCAUUUGUUUCCAUGUGGAGUGGCGGUCCUUCUCUGUUGACAUCAGUUUGACACUUCAGCGACAAUAUUCUUAACCACACCCCUCUUACCAUUAGUUUGCUAUGAGGGAAUGUUGUGCAAAAAGAAACUCCGCCCCCUACUUAAUAUUCCAUUUUAGUUGGAAGUACAGCAACUGAAUUCUUAGCAACUUCAGAAUUCCAAAAUUAAUCAACAUUGGUAGUGGGUUAGAAACAUUUUUCUAAAUUGUCCUAGGACUGGUUGUUGUUUAGGACAACAUUGUGAAGAGUUUUGAUCUGUUUCAGGUGUUGACUGAUGUAGUCUUGCUCCUGGAGGGCCACUGUCCUGCACUUUUUAGAUUGAAAACCACCACCUGAACUAGUUAAACAAGGUCUGUCUUGACAUAUUAAAAAUGUCCAGGCAGGUGUAUCAAGUCAAGUUGGUCCUAAACUCUCCAGAACAAUUGCUUUCCAGGACUGUUUGGACUCCUCUACCGUAGUGGGUGCCAUUCAUCAUUUUAACGUUCAGAAUGAUGCUUGCAAGUGCCCCAUUUGGUACUGUUCUCUUCUGCUUGACAGUCUGUAGAGAAUUACUUGACCAAAGACCCAGUCUGGAGUGGUACACUUAAUGUGCACUUGCAGUUUUUGCAAUGGUCGUUAUUCGCAUUUAUCUGAAAAACCAUAGAGCAGGGGUAUCUAAUGGUCUCCUUGUGUGCAUGUGAAGUUCAUGAAACCAUAGGACAGGGGUGCCCAAUCCUGUUCCAGGAGAUCUACCAGCCUGCAGAGUUGCAACCUUGAUCAAACACACAUGUCUUUAAUUACCAAGUGCUCCUUCAGAUCCUACUUAGUUGGUUUUAUUGUGUUUGAUAAGGGUUGGAGCUAAACUCUGCAAGAAGGUAGAUCUCCAGGAACAGGAUUGGGCACCCCUGCCGUAAGAUGCCCUGUCCCACUCUGAAGAGCACUUGCGAGAGUCUCUUUUGUGACUCAAUAGUCAUUACUGCUUGAGUGUUCUACUCAGUGGAGCAUUACUUUUACCUAAGACCCAAUCCCAAAUAGCAUAUUCAGUCUGCACUUGCAGUCUUGGGGACUUGGUUGCCAAAUGUGCAUGUCCACUAAGUCCAUAAGGUUGUAAAGCAGUGGUGUUCAGACGACUAAACACAAUUUAGCUCAAAACUUAACACCUGAGCUCGCUAAGCAAGGCCUUACUAGGCAUGCUAGAAUCCUCUAGGCAAGUCUGCAGGAGGCCCUUCAGGACCAAGUUUGUGGUUCACUUGGCAAUACAAUAGGGUGUCCCAUUUAUCAUUUUAACUUUGCAAGUGCCCUUGAGUCCAUGUUACAUGUACAAACCUUUAGGGCAGGGGUAUCCCAACUAGGUCCUGAACAGCCGGUGUCCUGCAUAGUUUAGCUCCAACUUCCUUCAACACACCUGCCUGGAAGUUUCUAGUAUACCUAGAAAGAGCUUGAUUAGCUGGUUCAUGUGUGUCUAAUUGGGGUUGGAACUAAACUUUGCUGGACACUGGCCCUCCAGGUCCGAGUUUGGACACCACUUCUCUAGGGAAAUGGUCUCAAACUCAAUUCCUGGAGGGCCAAAGCUCUGCACAGUUUAGCUCCAACCACCUCCAACUCCACCUUUAGCACCUUGAACACCUUGAUUAGUUGGAUCAGCUGUGUUUGAUUAGAGUUGAAGCAAAACUGUGCAGAGCUGCGGCCCUCCAGGAAUCAAGUUUGAGACUUAUGCUCUUUAUAUUAAAAGGUUGGUUGUGAGUGACCAAGCUUCUACCUCACAGUCAACACAGCAUUACGUCACGUCAUAAGUGUAGACAUGGUGGUAAGACCACAAGAGUUUAGGGUGCCAUUUAGGAUUGGGCCAGAAUGGCAAAGUGUGUCAUCUGGGUCAAGGUUUAUGAGCUAUAGAUAAACACAUAAAUGGCUCGUUCAAAACAGUGCCAUCUAGUGGUUGGAGUCUCACAUUGACACCCUUUAAGUUUUUAUUCAAACUUGUCUUUAAACCCAUUUUCUAAUCUCUUUUUUUAAUCUAUUUCUUAAUGUUUUGCAUAGGAAAUGGGCUGAACUUAGGAAAUGAACAAGAAUAAUUUCAGGAUGUUGUUUCGGAAUUAUUCCUGUUUGUUUGUAAAUAUUUAGCUUUUUAUUUGUUUGAUUUAGAUUUUUAGUUUUUUAAGUUUAUUUUUGUAUAUUUAUUUGAUCCUUUUUUACAUCUUAUUUUCAAGGCAGUGCCAUCCUGCUUAUUUUAUUUGGUUCCUGUUAUUAAUAUCAAGUUUUCUCCAUUUGGUUUGGACUCUGUAGGUCAUAGUAUUUACCUGUAGCUAAAGCCCAGAGGCACCGCUUAGAAUCUGAAAUAAUGAAGAAUGUUUACAGGCCGCCUCUGGAUAUUUCUACACUGCGGCGGGUGCUCACACGCUGAUCUGUUUUGACUAAAGAGUGUAAUAAUUGUGAGUUCAUGAAAAUUAUUACUGAACAGUAUAACUGAGUAAGCUGUCAUUCACUACACAAAUCUGCCGCCAAUGUGAUUUAAAUUCGGUACGUUGUGUCAGCUGCUUCCUCUACACGCAGAGCCAGAGAGAAUAGACUGCUGUCGUGAAGAAAAAAUAAAACACUAAAUAUUCGAUUUGUAUGCAAUUUUUGCCUGUGAAGUGACGAUCAGGAGUGUCUGAAUGGAUGCCGUCCACCCCAGCACUGAGUCUCAGGAUAGGGGAAACUGUCAGACACAAUGAAUCCCUGAUCCGUGUGUGUAUUUGUGUGAGGCGUUUGAUUCGUCCGCCGCUCUAGAACAAACUAAAGCAUGUUUCCAUAGUUUAGUUAAUGGAAAAGUGCGAAUGUGUGCAUCUUUUGGUAGAUGCAUUACGGAUGGGAUGUCUCCUUUUAUUUGCCAAAUUCAAAACCAAUUAUGAAAUCCAAUGAAGUGAAGAUUUUGCGACUAAUGUUGCUUUGAUUCAGUCGAUGAACUGGAUGACUUUCAGAGCCCCUGUGAAAGCGGUUGAAUGUAUAUGUUUGUACAGAAGUUGUUUAGCUCGGAGGAUCUUAGAGUACGGAUAGAAAUGUGAGCAAAGAGAAGCAAAAUAACCUUUUAUAAAACUUUUGUAUUAGUACAUUAACAAUGGUAAUUUUGUAUAUAUGAAGACUAGGCUUUCUGAGUAGCAGAAAGGAAAACAUUCCUACAUUUUUUUGUAAAUGUAAGUUUGUCAGAAAUAAUUAUGUAAACAUGCGCAAUGUUUUAUGUGCCUUUUAUUUGGGUUGUCUGAAUAAAAUCUGUAAAACAUA